UUCUGAAAACAUUUCUCUCUCUCUCUCAAGAAAAGAUUUUUAGGGUUUUGUGAUUUGUUGAGAGAGGAGGAAAUCAGAAAUGGCAUCUGAAGAAGUUGGGAAAUCAAGGAUUGUUAGUUUAGCUGAAGAAGCCAAAUUAGCUGCUACUGAAACUGUUAAAGAAGCAGCUCCUCCUAAACUUGCAAUCUUCAGUAUUGCUAAAUCUCUUAUUGCUGGUGGUGUUGCUGGUGGAGUGUCGCGUACUGCUGUUGCGCCGUUGGAGCGGUUAAAGAUAUUGCUUCAGGUUCAGAAUCCUCACAGUAUAAAGUACAAUGGAACAAUUCAAGGGUUAAAGUAUAUUUAUAACACCGAGGGUUUCAGAGGACUAUUUAAGGGCAACGGUACAAAUUGUGCACGUAUUGUUCCCAAUUCUGCAGUCAAGUUCUUUAGUUACGAGCAGGCAUCGAGGGGUAUUUUAUGGCUUUAUCGUCAACAACCAGGCAAUGAGGAUGCGCAACUUACCCCUCUGCUACGACUAGGAGCUGGAGCAUGUGCCGGAAUAAUUGCCAUGUCAGCAACUUACCCAAUGGACUUGGUGCGGGGGAGGCUUACUGUCCAGACAGACAAGUCUCCUUCCCAGUACAGGGGAAUUGCACACGCCCUAACAACUGUCCUUAAAGAAGAAGGCCCACGAGCUUUAUACAAAGGAUGGCUUCCUUCUGUAAUUGGAGUUGUUCCAUAUGUCGGCUUGAACUUUGCUGUAUAUGAAUCCUUGAAAGAGUGGUUGAUCGAGACCAAGCCAUUAGGACUAGUCGACAACAACUCUGAGCUGGGUAUUACCACAAGGCUCAUGUGCGGAGCUGCUGCAGGAACUGUUGGCCAGACAAUUGCAUACCCUCUUGACGUCAUUCGUCGUAGGAUGCAGAUGGUUGGUUGGCACAAUGCUUCAUCAGUUGUCACUGGUGAGGGGAGCGGCAAAGCUUCACUUGAAUAUACAGGCAUGGUUGAUGCAUUCCGUAAAACAGUUCGAAAUGAGGGUUUCAAGGCAUUAUAUAAAGGCUUGGUGCCUAAUUCCGUGAAGGUGGUUCCAUCCAUAGCUAUUGCCUUUGUGUCAUAUGAGUUGGUGAAGGACGUUCUUGGAGUCGAGAUGAGAAUAUCAGACUGAUGAACUCGGUAGAGGAAGAUUGAGGGAAGGAAGGAAAUCUGCUGACUUCAACAAUGCUCUAUUUUUUUGUAGGCGGAAAGAGAAGGCCCGAAAUGGAAAUUGUAGAUGGAUUUAACUAUUUUACAUAUUUUCACUGAGAAAGAAAGAAGCUUCUUACUUAGAGGGUGGUGGUAGUAUUAUGUUUUCUUAGAGUGUGUCUUCUUUGCUAUAUCUCAGUGUGUUAAGAAAUAAAAACGAAGGAAAUUGUAUUAUCGUAUUUAUGGCUUCUCAUUCUUGGUGCACACUCAUUAUAAUUGAAAUAAGAGAAAUGCAAAAUGUGAAUUUGCAUAUGAUGAUGUUGCCACUAGUUAGUAAUAAAAAAACAUUUUGCCGGAGUUAUUAGUC